AUGCAAGAAGUCUCCACCUCGACCAGCAGUAAUAUCCGAAGUCCACCAGUCAAACCCGAGUUUUCUCACUGUAUCCCAGAUCACUUGGUCCCUGCGACGAAGCAGCUGAAGGCUCGUGAUCUUACUGAAACCAUCGUUGCGCCAAGAGAGAUACCGGAAAUUACCACCUGUUCCAGAGGCAAGGUCAUGGCGGCCUGUGUCCUGCUCGUCUUGGAUAUCAAUUCUGAUGUCGGAGAUUGCGGUUGA